AUGCCGCGAAUGAUUGUCUGGAGGUCGAGGCCCGCAAGUCGAUACAUGAGCACAGCAUUCCAUGCACGGGACAUGCUUCAAAUCAUCGAGCGGCUCGGCGAGGACGGCUUGCUUCGCUUCUGGGGAAGCUCGUAUGGCACCGUCCUUGGGAUGACCUUUGCAGCAAUGUUUCCAGACCGCGUCGACCGCAUGAUGCUGGACGCAACCGUUAACCCCCAUGAGUACAUGGCUGGUACCUCGCUUGAAAUGCUGCUGGAUGCAGACAAGACCUUUUACGCCUUCAUCCUCGAAUGUAUGGCUUCCAGCGAAUGUCCGCUCUCAGACCCGGGAGACAACGCCGCCGACUUGAUCGAUACCCUCAACGAUGUGCUGCGCGAAAUGGCUGCGGGUGAGAAAGGUCCGGAACUGUAUCGUGAGCUCAAGAACGAUGUCAUUUACCGAGGACUAUACUGGCCGACAGGCUGGGCAGAGCUGGGCCGCAAGUUGCAAUUCAUCAACGCAGACUUCACUCCGGCGACCGCCGAAACCGAGUCGGAUCCUGGAGACGGCACAAGCUCUACAGAGACGGAGUUCGAGUACAACAAGGGCAGCGCGGCGGUGUUCGGAACACGAUGCGCCGACUCAUUACUCCGCGCGCAGUCACCCAAUGAUCUGGCCGAAUUGAUCCUGCAGCAAGCACAAGUCAGCAGUUUCGCCGACGUGAAUACUGCCACUUCGUUGGUCUGUGCUGCUUGGGGCAUUGAGCCAGCUGAGCGGUAUGAUGGCAACUUCAGGGCGAAGACAAAGCAUCCGAUAUUGUUCGUCAACGGCCUGUAUGAUCCCGCUGCACCGGUCGCAUCUGCGCGGAAUGCUAGCACGGGAUUUGAGGGCAGCGGAGUGCUGCUACAUGAUGGCUAUGGGCAUGGCCUAGGAGCACACCCGAAUAUGUGCGUCGGUCGGGCUGUCCGCCGAUACUUUGUCACUGGCGAGUUGCCUACGCCAGGAACCGUUUGCGAGCGAGAGGUUGGCCCUUUCGACAUCGACCCGCGGGCAUGGCAGAACAACCCAGACUUGCUCGAGAUUUAG